UCACAUCUCAACUCUACCAUAAACUGCAUUUACGUGACUUGUCAUAUCCUGGGUUGACACCCACGCCGUGAUCACCUAAUAGUAAAGUAAAGGAGCUGCUUACUCCGCACAUUGCAUCCCGAACUUCGCAAUCCCAUUGACGAUAACCUCCAUCAACUCCCUAGAUUAAUAUCCUGUCCGAUGCAUCGACCACUCCGAAUCGCCGUCCUUGAAUGUGACACUCCCCCAGAAAAGAUAAAUCUCAAAUACGACGGCUACUAUGGGGUGUUUUCCAGAUUACUUCGUCGCAGUGCUGAAACGCUGCAGCAUGAACAGCUGAAUCCCGACUCCGGACUCGAGAUCUCACGCUGGGACGUUGUCACAGAGCAGGCGUACCCAGAGCUGGAAAGCGUAGAUGGAAUUGUACUAACAGGGUCAAAGCACAACGCCUUCGAGGACGCACCAUGGAUUCUGAAAUUAGUCGAGUUUACCAAAAGGGCUAUUCAAGACCCCCGCGUGAAGCUUCUGGGAGUCUGCUUCGGACACCAGAUUAUCGCCCGCGCCCUGGGGGUGCAAGUCAGCCGCAGCGCUGCAGGAUGGGAGAUUUCCGUGUGUGAAGUCAAUCUUACACCGGCAGGAAAGGAGUUAUUCGGUCUUGACACGCUUCAACUUCACCAAAUGCAUCGGGACAUCGUGUCUAAAUACCCGCCGGAUACCAUUCCCCUGGGUGAUUCUCCUAUUUGUCAAGUGCAGGGAAUGUAUCUACCCGGUCGCUUUAUUACGGUGCAGGGACACCCUGAGUUUAAUGAGGAGAUUGCUACGGAGGUUGUGACAUUACGAGGCGCCCAGGGCAUUUUCAGCAAAGAGCAGACUGAGGAUGGACUCAGCAGAGCAGCGAAGCCGCAUGAUGGGGAUGUGGUGGGAAUGGCUUUUCUUAGGCUGUGCAUUGAGUAAUUUAGUUUGGCUAGGAUAGCAUUGGGCUGUCAAAAUCAAAGGUAUAAUGAUAGACAGCCUGAAAUGGGACAAGGCCAAUAGUUCCAAUCCCU